GAUUGAUGAAUAUGAAAAGUAUCUGCUGCAUUUGUCUUUCCAUGCUGUUGUGUGCUGUCAUAACAAGAAAUAAGAUUUAUGUUCCCUGUACUCUUUUUAACAAGUUAUGGAAACUGCUGCCAAAAUGACCCAUAAAUCAUUUUGAAAAUCAUCCUGAGUACAUUUUUCUGUCCUGCACUCAAUAUCCACAAUAUUGCAGAACAAUUAAAACAACUUAAGCCGAGACAUUUGAAUCUAAAUGGGCGUCUUGUGUAUUAGUUUUUGAAGAAUGUGGGGUGUUAACUGAUGUACCACUGCAAAAUAAUAAUAACUGUCAUGGGAUGUAGUUGGAGGUGGGAAAUUCACUCUAUCUACUCACAACUCAUCCAUUUGUUCUCUGCCUGAGAGAGUGAGAGCAGUGCACGUGCAGCCAGGCGGCCACAUCAACAUUAGCUGUGCUGCACCCUUGUCUAUGUGGGUGUAUGAAAUGCAGUGUGUGGGAGGAAGUAGGUAGGUGGGGGAGCGAGAAUAUAAGAGAGCCAGAAGUCAGGUACUGCAUCAAACUGUUGAUGGUAAAAGCAAGUCAGUCAGCCAGUGUGACUGCUGAAGGUAAGCCUGAAUGUGUCACUGCACUUCCUCUGCCAAGCGGUCACUUUCACUUCUGCACAACACUUUGUAGCAGUCUUGAAUUCUUCCAUCUGUGCUCAGGGCCUGUCUGCUCUUAGCUUCUGAUGAUCACUAAUCUAGUCUUUUUUUUUUUCCCAACUACUUCUUUGUUUGACAGCCACACACCCACCCAGCCAGCCUUUCUCCUCCUUCUCUCACUCUCCUCCUCUCUGCCUCACCACUUUCAUAGUGCAUCUUCUCUCUCAUUUGCAUGUGUUCCGCUUCCUCGUGACAACUAACAGUUCAUGUCAAAGAGCUGUGCAAGAAAAUCAGGUUGGAGAGGAGCACAGGACCUGAAGCAUAAAGAUUUGUGCAGGUAUCCUGAACAACGUGCUGUUCAGUACAGGAGACUGCCUGAGGGGGAUAACUGUUACUGAGUGAAGAGCAAAGCAGGGGGGUAAGUGACUUCUGACUUCUCUUUUCUGUGUUUUUUUCCUCCCCUUAACUGUUGCGCCUGAGUUUUGGCCUAGUUACAACACGUUCUGGUUUCCCGUGGUGGUAUUCUUACCUUCACAGUUCAAUGAUAUCACUAGCUUUUGUUUCCCCUUUUUAAACAUUUAGUGUUUUACAGUCAGACCAUUUUAUUACUAUUAAGAUGAAAACAGUAGAUGUGAAAAUACAGGGUAAUCUUCAUGGGGAUUGUUAUUGAAAGCUGCAUCAUUAAUAUGUUCAAGUAUUUUAUUAUGAAGUAUUUAUAUUAAAUGUAUUUCACUGUUACUCCUCUGAUAAGCUGUAUAAGCAAUAGCUUUGUUCAUACCCAGUUCAGUUUAGUUAUAAAAAUGAUAUUUUUAAUCUGAACUAUCAAUCCCUCCAAAAGAUUUAACAGUCCACAUGACAACAGCACUUUUUAUAGAGCUGCAACGUGUGUAGCAAUAUGGCAUUUUUACAUAGCUGCAAGGAAGUGAGAGUGUAAUACAGAUUAAAAGUUUCUGUCACAAAGUUUUGAGUGGGUAAACUUUCAAAUGACCAUUGGGUGCAGACCCCUCUUUUUAUUUCUUUGAAGACAUCACCUGAAUACAAAUAGAAACAAACUUUACUCAGUUCACAGAACCACAAAAAGUCUAACGUAGGCGUGCUCAUGCUGCAUAGCUAACAAAGAGAGUGCUCUAUGCCAACUGUACCUCUGUGGCUGAUUUAUGCAAAACCACAAUACAUGUCGAAGCACCAUCACAGCAGCAGGAAAUGAUAUUUGCCUGACUGAAUAUGAAUCUUGUAGGUGGCUUUACACUUUGAUUAGAUUACUACGCACAUGUAGCAGUCUGUCAAAAGACAAAGCCGCCCCGUACCCUGUGAACAUCACUGCUACAGCAUCUAAUUGAUGUCCGCUGAUGACGGAGACAACAGCCAAUGUCAGCAGACACGUUUCAUUUGGGGAGAUAAAAGCCUCUGCUGUGCUGUAUGAGCACCUGAUCUCAUUCCCUCACCCCACUCCUACAGUGAGUCACUCUCCUACAUCACCCCCUGUUUCUCCGUUUGUACUCAAACAUUUCUCUCAGUGUUUUAUCUCCACUGCCUACUGAACUUAUCUAAAUGUUGCACCACUUACUGUGGAAACCAAACGGCGCAUAUUCAGAUGCUUCUAAUCUUUCCUGUUUUCUAGGACUGUGGGUAUUUUUGCUCAUCGCUUUUACAUAUUGUAGUUCCCUGUGGUGCGGAAGACAUCCUUGGAUUCUAUUACCCUGCAAAAUCUAGACUGGAUUAAUUGCUUUAUUGGCCAUCUGUCCUAAAGAGAACUGCAUAUCUGUCUUCAUUACAUGAUUUAGUAUUUUUACUCAUUGCCAUGCUCUUUUCUCUCUUCCAGCUGGUGCAAUCACAAAAUAUUUACCAAAAGGAAAAAGUCUCACUGUGUUCUUCAGGAGCAGGACCUGGAGACAAAUCCACUUAGAUAGACAGAGCUCCGUUUGAUCCCAGGCAAAGCUAAGGUCUAAUGCAAACUGUUCUUAUCUUACAGGUAAUUAGAGACCUGGCACUGGUACAUCACGACAGCAGCAGUGUUACCAUGGAGACUGGCAAGCCAGGAUUGGCAAAUACUCUUGUGCACAGCAACUCCGUCGCAGCACAGACAGAGAAAAGGAUGGACACCCAGGCCCCACUGACGGCUGUUUACAUCCACACCGGGGCUACUCUUCCAGCACAGCCUCACCCACAGCCUCCUGCAGCUACCCACUCGCCAGCCACACUCCAUCUGGCAAUGCCACCACUUUACUCCAAGGAGACGCUUCCUUUUCUGACAUUCCAUAUUGCUGGUGGGUUGCAGGCUAUGCCAGGAUUAAGUUUGGCAGCUGCUGCUCCUGUAGUCAGACCCAAGUCGGCAGGAAAGCACAUGUGCCCUCAUUGUGGACGGGACUGUAUGAAGCCCAGUGUGCUGGAGAAGCAUCUCCGCUGCCACACCGGGGAGCGGCCCUACCCCUGCACCACAUGUGGAGUUUCUUUUAAGACUCAAAGCAACCUCUACAAACACAGGAGAACUCAAGCUCACGCACGCCUCUCAUCUGAAUCGGAGCAGAGCAGCCUGAGCAGCCUGGACAGCAUGUCUAGCUCAAGAGAAACCUGCACCUCCAGUCUGUCUCUGGAAGAGCGCAGCGAAGAGUCGGGAAGCUCUGAAAAGAAAGCCACACUAUCUGCCGCCGAGGUCACCUGUUUAAGUGGAGCUGCAAAGGCCUCCUCAGAGCAGAUGCAGGGCUCUGUCAGUGCGUUGAAUGAACUGACUCCUGUAGGUCAGCCAACAGAACCAAAUCAAAGUACAAAGGUAAUAACAGAAGACCAGAAACAGCGGAGGGAAAAUGAAAAACCUUCAGUGACUUCUAGUCGACAUCUUCCUCUACAGAGACAGGAGGCAACUCUGUUCUCCAAGCAGUGGGAGAGCUCUGUAUCCAGAGGGAAAUCCCAGAGCCACGAAAGCACGGACUCAGGCUUCAGUGAGAGCAGUGACCACUACCCAAGUCCUGGCAGUGUCUUACCUGAACACAGCAUGGAUUCCCUCACAGAAUCCACCAAGGAGCAUCUUGAGGAAACCAGCUGCUCACAAACACUGCCAAAAGCCGACCAAAGUGGACAGGAACCUAAUGAUACCUCAAGAUUGCAGGAGCAGAGGACGCUGGAGGAGCGCAUUUCUAAGCUGAUUUCAGAGAACUCAGCUGUUGUGGAGGACAAGCAGCUGGAGAAUGUGAGGCCACGGAAAACAGUCCUGUCAAAGCAGGGCAGCAUCGAUCUCCCCAUGCCGUACACGUAUAAGGACUCCUUUCACUUUGACAUGAGAUUAAGUAAAACUCCUAACGUUGGAUUACAAGGAAACAGAAACCAUGGCCUAUAUAGCUCUGUGCCCACUCAGUGCUCCAACACCGUGGAUCAUGCUCCCUUGACCCGAAGCAACUCCCUCCCCUUCAGCGUGACGCUCCUCAAGCCUGAGAAGACCAGCCAAGCCUCCUCCUAUCAGAGCGAUUAUGUAACUCUCAUUCGGAGGGGAAGCUCUGGACAGAUCAACCCAGCAGGUUUCGCAAUCAGGCCUGUGAACCAGCAGUCAUCCACCCACCGCCCACUGGUCCGGCAGGCUGCCGUAGACUGCAACCACGCAACAGACGGUCUCUUCAUGAAUUCCUCCAUGGAGGAGGCCUACACCGGCAGUCUCAGCUGCGAUGGGGAUGGCGGUGACAUUUGUGGCGAGCCAAGCAACAGAAAGUUCCGGAGGAAGAAAGCACAAAAGUUUGCCUACAAUAAGUGGUACAUGUACGGGGGAGGGACUUUUAAGAAGCUCUAUAAUGCUGAAAAAGGUGGGGAUGAGAGUAAAGGCAGGAAAUGCUUGGCACACCCAGAGCAGGAGGUCAUUCAGGGCUUACAAAAAAGGCUGUCCACCGUUAACAGGGAGACGAUUACAACAACAGACUCAACAGUAAACUUCACAAGUGCAACAGUUUGUCAUCCAGGCUGCCCCCCUGCCAAAGUCUCCCUCGUCUCUGCUUUGGAUUUUCAUCAGAAAACCGGCAAACUUCCAACGUCGUGCAGUUCUCUUAAGACUCCCCUCCAGAGAAAUCUGUCUUUGUCAGUUCUGCCUUUACCUCCAAUUGGAUCACUUGUUAGCCACAAGAUAGACGGCAUCAGCAGGGCAGAGGCCAAACAUACUCAUUCCCCCCCGCAGCUCUGUGGAGCCCAUGCUCCCUCAGACAGGAAAAAACAGAAAACUGAUGACAAAAUCAUUUGCCCUCUUGAGAUGGGGACUGACCCAAACCCAUUGAGUCAUCCUCCUCCCCCUGCCACUGGCGGCACUCCUCAACAGGAAAGCAAUCUUACUUAUAUAAGCUUUCAGCAAAAUCAAAAACAUACACAGCUCAAAGGAGUUCUCUUCCAGUCAGGCAUAAUCAAUGCAAAUACACCAUCUGUUAGCACCUCGACAGCAACCUCCACCCACUCUCCUGCCAAGACCAGCUUUCUGCCCAAGUACCAGCUCAAGUUACCCAGUGCUGCAGAGCCUGAUUCAAAUCCUGCCCCACAUGCUGUGGAUAACCAAACACAAGCGGAUGGCAAGAAAUUCCCCACGGCGACAUCGUCUUCUCAAGUAGAGCAGGAGAUACACUUGGUCUCAACCCCUGGAAAGAAAUGCAGCAAUCCUGUUGCAUCUGUGCAGAACUGUGACAUGAAGACAGUUUUAUCUUCUAACUCCUCACCAGGCCAACUAAUCUUGCCUAGGUUAGCUACAAACCUUUGUCAAGCGGAGACAUCAAGACUUGACAAACAUGUGACGUCAAAUGUAGCUGGAGUGCACAAGCAGUUUGCAGAAACUACGAUAACCACAACUUGCAAACAAGAUAAUCAGGCCAGAUUGUGCAGUACUUCAGCACAGUCUUCAAAACCCACAGGUGCAUCAGAAUCCAUACAUGUAACCAGAACUGCUCCACCAGUGCUUUCCAGUUCUCCAGUUACCGCUAUAAUAACCACAGCAAACAACCAGAAAUCUCCGACUGUCAUCACAGUCUUGCCUCAAGCUCGUCAGUCUAACCCCAACCCACCUCAAUCACACGUACAGCCCCCUCCUGCGUCAGACCAGGCAGGCCUUGUAAACAGAGCCUUAGCUGCUGCACACACCCCGACGGUGCCAUCUCAAAUUGUGCCGCUUGACCAGAUGCAGUCAGCUGCUCAGAAUGUGUUUCAUGUCCACACAGCAGAUCUCCAGAUUUGUCUCCAGAUCAUAUCUGAUGAGCAGUUGGCUCUCAUUGAACCACAGAUUGAGAGGCAAGUAAGUACCUUGGAUGUGAUUCAGAGUGGAGCGCAUAGCUCUGUCAGAAAGGACCAUCAACAACCAGAGUCUGGACAGGGAUCAGAAAAGAGCAAGUCUUUACCCAUGGAUAACAUAAAUCCUCAACAAUCUCUACAGUUUCAGCCAAAACUCCCUCUGACUGAGCAGAAUAAUUCUGCUCCGGCCGAAGUAUCAUCUGAAUCAAAGCCUCUGAAAGCUCUAGACUCAUCGCAACGCCCACUCAACUACAUUCUUGUAAACACGAUCACAGAGACUCAGACCUCCACAGACGGUGUUAUGUCAACUGCAGCUUCACUUGUAGGUGUGAAGUCAGGAAGCAGCCAAACUUCAGAGAAGGAACACACUCUCUCCGUGAACCGAUUCGCCGAGGAGCAACUUUUACCGGACACCAGGGUCAGCCAUGGCGGACUAAUCUCUCAACAAUCCUGCGGCCAAAACAAACUCAGCGUGACCUCUUUUUCUCAUAACAUUGUAAAGCAGAAAAGCCUGACAAGUGGAAUACUGGAAAAAGAAAUUCAACACAAACUUAUAAGUAGUGUAGGUACAACAAAAGCUAAGGACAGCAGGUUAGAAAGUGUUGAAAGCCAGCACCUUCCUCAGGCUGGGACCAGUCAGGCCUCCAGUAGUACAAGUCAACUCUUUGGUUCAGUUUCAUCUUUUUCCAUCAAUAAAUGCAAAAGCCCCACAUCAUUGAACACAACAGCAUCCAUCCACUGCAGUACUCCAGGGGAAUCUACGUUAGCAGGGGCUGAGAGGCCAUCUAAACACGCAACCCUGGGAUGUGAAAGGGUGUUCCCCACUGAAGCCUCUGCCUCUUCACAGAAAAUGAGCCUGACUGAGUCAAAGGAUGUAAUCAGCUCUGCCCACCUAAAAAUACAGCUCGCUCAAUUUUCUCCUAAUACCAGGAUGGAAACUCUCAAAGAUGACCCAGCUGUGCAUGGGAGUAUCCAAAGCCCAGCUGAAGGUAUGUGUGACCAUAUUUCUCUUCUUUAAUGUUUAUAGAAACUCACAGCAGAGUCUGACCUUGUCUUUCUCUUGGCUCUCUGCUCUCUGUUGAUUUAAAGCAUAGAGGGGAACUUUUGGUUUGGAUUUUGGCAGUCCCCAGAUUUUUAACAGUGUAUUUCAACAACACAAAAAUCUCAGCCAGCUUUUUUUUCUUUUUUUGUAAAACUAACUAAAUCAACUUCCCAAGUUGGUUGUAAUGGGUCAAGGGUCUUGAAUUGUGACAUAAAUAUAUUUCAGGGAGAGAAAACUUAACUCUUAUAUUUAAUAAACGUGCAAAGGCCAUUGAAGAGAUUUUUACUCAUAACAAGUAAUUUUUUUCUUGCAUUUUUUUAAAUUAAGGUGGUUAUCUAGACUUGCUCUACGGAUAUAUAUAUAUAUAUAUAUAUAUAUAUAGUAAGGGGCCAAAAGUUUGGACACACCUUCUUAUUCAAUGUCUUUUCUUUAUUUUUUAUAUGACUAUUUACAUUGUACAUCAUCACUGAAGGCAUCAAAACUAUGAAUGAACACAUAUGGAACAGCAAAAGUUUGCAGCGCUACCAAAAAAGCAAAGGGUGGCUACUUUGAGGAAUCUCAAAUAUAAAACAUGUUUUCAGUUAUUUCACAAAUUUUUCUUAAGCACAUGAUUCCACAUGUGUUCAUUCAUAGUUUUGAUGCCUUUACUGAGAAUCUACAAUUUAAAUAGUAAUGAGAAUAAAGAAAAUGCAUUGAAUGAGAAGGUGUGUCCAAACUUUUGGCCUGUUCUAUAUAUAUACUGUAUAUAUAUAUAUACAUUAAAGAGAUUUUUACUCAUAACAAGUAAUAUUCAAGAUUCCAGCUUUUUAUUAUAGAUUACUGCAGUAUGUGAGAACAUACACAGAAAUCAAAAAGAUAUAUCUCUCCAGCCCACGAUGUAACAUAUCUAGAGGGUAAUUUAAAAAAUGUACAGAAAAGUUCAACAGAGAAGAAUAUACUACAGUAGGAGAGCAGUUUAUGCAUCUACCCUCGUAUCUACGUCGUCGAUGUAUAUAUACACCCCUAAAUGCGUCAUACAAACACAAACCUAAUUACCAGAAAAAUGUUUCUGUCGUACAUAUUUACACAUGACCUAAAGUGCAGGUCAUGGUUAAACUGCUGUAUUUCUUUGAUGUUAAGGGCAUGUAAACAGAUAGCAUUCAUGUAACAUUGGAGUUGUAGUGCAAAAAAGAUCAUACAGUGCAAAAUACGGAACCAGCUGGGCUGGUCAGUGAAACAGCCACGUGUCUCCUCUCAGCUGAUCAUGUGGUUCACUGCUCAUGUAAAGAUUUUAGUCAUAUGGCUUUUGAAGACAGUCUGUUUGAGGCUCUAAGUGCUGAAGGUCACUGUACAAUAAUCAGUUUUUAACAUCUUUAGUUUAUAUAAAGCUGAUUAGUCAGGUUACUGAGGUGAAUGAAUAUCGUGGUUAUAUUUUGUGUUAUGUUGUGUAUAAUCAACAUAAACACUGUUAGAAUUAUAAUGUACACAACGCAACACAAUGAUGCAUUCACUCUAAAUAAUCGACCUAAUUCUGAGAGCAGAAACCAGAUAACCAUCAAUUUAACCACUAGAUGGCAGUCUAACUUCAAAAAUCAGCAGAACUACAGCCUGUGCUGAUGUAGUCAGGGUUUUGUCAAAAAUAAACCAAAUAUGUAAUUUUAGUUCAAAACAAAAUAAUUUGCUUGUAGCUACUUUAAAAAAUCAUUACUAUUAAAAUAAAAUCUCUCCGAACACGUGGACUUCAUUUUUCUUUUUCUUUGUUCUGGCCCCAGCCCACACUGUUUUUGUUUAAACAAAACUGUUUCAUCCUGGUCUUAGCACACGACUCCAAUUAACUCAAGUUGACUAAAGUCCAAUUUAAUUAAAGUUAAGGAAGCUCAAUGAGGUCAGUCACUUGGUGAUCCAGGGGAGCACAGACUGAACAGAAGAGCUGACCUUUACUGCCCUUUACUGCCCUUCUGGUUGAAGCAACCAGUCACAUGUCUCAGUUCGUGGGGAGGACUCAUUGCUGAGACUGCACUGCAGGCUCAAAGUAGAACUGAAUAUGUAUUUACUUCAAAUCCAAUUGUCUUGCAUAUUAGUAUCUCUUAUAGCAGGGACAUCCCUUAGCCCGUCUUAGGGGGAGUAUUAAAGUGAGAAUGAUGGGAAACUCUAAGUGGAUAGGACAGAUGAGGAGGAGGAGUUCACUCAGCAUUGUGCACCAUGCAGAGUUUGCCAGACCAGCGAAAACAAAUCUGAGAGCUCAUUUAUUUUUCACAAAUACCUCUAAUAUUUAAUCCUUUUCUUCACAUUUUAUCUUAUUUAUCUAAAAAAUAUUACUUCUCUACCAAUAAAAUAUCACAAUAUUUCCUUUGGGUUGGUCCAUGAGUUUGUGGUGCACGAUCAACAUGACUUUUUCCCGGUGGAUUCUUUCCAAUACUAUAUAUCAGCGGGUUUUCCCAGUCGGACUUCAUUUGAAAUGUAUAAUUUCCUCCCUUGUUUUCAAGCAAAUGAGUGAAUGAUAAGAUUUGACAUUGCUGAUUUUCUAUACUAAAGAAAAUGUUUGUCUUCCUGAAGAGAUUUUGGACAGAGCCUCUCUGACGGGAUCUGCAGCUCAGGAGGAGCCGCUGUCACAGGGACAUGGAGAGGUCUCUCCCAGCACAGACGAGGGGCCAAAGCAGAGGCACGAAGCUAAAGAGACCAACCAGCAGUGCCUAAGAGGGCAGGAUGGAGAAGAGGUGGUGGAAGAGGAUAAAAGUGGAGACAUCAAGACGGAUGAACAAGCAGACGAGCAGGGCGAGGCCGAGUCUGACUCCAGAUACACGUGUUUACUAAAUACAACAAAGCCAGAGGUGAGACUCAGUGGAUUUCAAACAAAUUAGAAAAUACCUCUACAGUUCAGACAUGACAAUAAAGCACAGUCAGUGGCAUGAAUCAGACCUCCCUCCAAUCCCAUUUUUUACCACAAGAGUGAAACACUUUACAGCAUUUAGAGAGUUAGAGAGGAGAGGAAGAACUUCCUUUUUAGACCUCAAGCUGAACCAGACUCAUGUUAGACAGUCAUCUGCUGAGACUGAGCUGGGUUUAAAGAGGGAGAUGGAGAAAGAGAGAGAUAUGGACAGAGAGAGAGGAAAACAAACAAAAAUGUGAUUUAAGUGCAAAACAUAAUGGAAUCAGUAUGUGUAAUAUCUACAGGAACAGCAUGGUGAUAAUAAUAAGCUGAUUCCAAUUUAAUUUAAGGCAAAUUCCAGUCAAAAGAUCCAUAGUAGAAAUAAUAUCAUAGGUAAUACUGAGGUCCAGGUAAAUAAUAGGGCUUGAAAUUAGAUUUAUUGAAGCAGAAACAGUCAAAAAGUUCUAAAAUUAACAACAACUUAAUAAUAGUGAUAAAAAUUGAGAAAUUGAUGCUCGUUGUUAAAUCAGCUGGAAAUCAGGCAGGUGCACAGCAGCAGGACAUCUGCAGUAUCGAUUCAGUGGAACCCACAGAAUAGAGUUUAUGGACUCCCAGGAAAGACUGUGGUCAGGGACUCUAAUUGGGCAUGAAGAUUCAAAGUCCAUGACACAGACAGAAAGAGAAUAAAGAGGAAAGUCCAAACCUAGAGCAGCAUAAAAGCUUGUUUAUGCUUGUCAUACAUAUGAAAAUGUACGCGUCAGUUUCAAACGAUGGUACCGUCACUGCACACAUACCUCCAUCUGUCCUUUACAUUGGCAUGGAUGUUAACCAUUACAUUCACCAGGGGGCAGACCGAGUCAAAAGUUUCUGACAAAAACAAACAAAAAGAAAUAUGGCGACUGUGGAGGAGCUAAUGAUAAUGUAUAUUUUGAAUAGGAGACAGAAACGAAGGCAGUGUUAGAGGAGGCGGUUGGUUGGUCAGGCCACUAAAUACCUCAUGGUUGGAGGACGGAGAAUUCUUUUCUCUUGUAGUAGUCCACUGAUGAGAGAAAUUGAAAGCCCCGUUAUUGUCUUCUUCAUUUGUCAAUGUCAAUUUUAUUUGUAUAGCACAUUUAAACAGCCAGUGGCCUACCAAAGUGCUUAACAAAAACAAAGCAGUAGGAAUAAAAGCAAGUCAUACACAACAAACAGCAGCAACAAAAGACAUGUAACAUAUAAAUGUAAAUAAAAACAAAUAUGUAGCUAAUACAAGUAUCAUACUCCGUCAAAAGCUAAGGUGAACAAGUUCGUCUCUCAAGUGUGUUUUUAAAUGUUCCUGAUUUUUAUCAGUGAGUUCCAAAUUUUCCUGCUGUAAAGCAUUUUGGCUCAAACUUUGUUUAUUUAAGUGCUCUAUAAAUAAAGUUGACUUGACUGGACUUCGCUCUAGAGAUGCGUAUUGGGUAGCGACAGCAGCAACACUGCCCCCAUUGUUUCUGGUGGUACUGCUCUGUCUGGCUCGUAUCAGUAAACCUCAAGGGUACGGACAAAAAGAAUGUGAAGCACGGAUCCAUAUGUAACGUUGAGCAUAAAUGAGCCUUUACUCUAACCACAAGCUUAUCAAAAAGUAACUUGUAAGCCCACUUAAUGCAGUUAGUGGCAUCCAUAAUUUAUAAGUAUUAAAGAAUAAACCUGAGUGCACCAGUGAAAACACUGAUUCUAUACAUUUUUCUGCAGGGCCCCUCUUUGAUGAAAAUAGUGAAAACCUUCUCAGGUCUCUUCUGCCCCUCACCACACACAAAACCCUCUUUCAUUUACACUUUUUUCAGAAUUUAUGUGAAGCAUUGUCUGCAAAAACCCCAGAAACCUCUCAAACAGCAUAAUAAUUCUGAAUAUUUGAUUUAUGGGCAGGCUGCUGUUGAUAGAGGUGAAGCUGAUCCGUCAGAUCGGUGUUGUAGUUUAGUGGUUGUGAUGUUUGGUGCAGAUUCAAAGUCAGCCUUUUAUUUAUCUGGCAGUCCUUUCACAAAAGUUGGCCAUGCUUUGAGCGCAGUGUAAACUGUAACAAAUGUGUGAACUGUGCAACACUUUAGUAUACUUUCCCCCUCUUGCAUCAUGGAUGUAAGCCCCUUCUGAGAGUCCUGCAGAGUAAAUGAAAUAACACAUGAAGACCAAAUAUAAGAAACACAUAAAUAUUUACAACUUCGCUGCAGUUUUAUUCAUCCUGACCAAUUACUCAUCCUUUCUCCGCUCAUUUUCUGUACACGUAAACAUUAACACCGCCACACAGUGCACAGGCAUUCGAGUUUUCAAACUGAGUUUUCCCAAAACAGACUCAAACGGUUCAGGAUCCUUUCCAAUUCAGCAUUCCCUCUCAAUACUUUCUGAUUGUUAUUCUCAGUUGCUCAUAAUCCCCAUAAACCCUGACCGCCAGAUCGACUCAGACUGCCCUGAUCUGGGAAUCGUGUGGGAGAAAGUUGCAGACCAAGGGUUGUUUUAACAUCAAAGUGUUUAUAUCUUUUUUAAUACUGCUUUAAGAAAAAAAAAAAAACCCUCAGUCAUGUAAAAAAUGUACCAACAAGCCACACAGAGAGACAAGACAGAUUGAAAUUGUACCGGUCUGUGUUGACACAUGUGAUCUGCAGCUCGCUUUGGAGCCAAGCAGCUGACAGCAGUUACUUCAUCAUAAGUCUCUUUCAGUUCAGAAUUUAUGUAGACAUUUCAGACUUGAGGUUUAUAGAGAAAAGCAGAACGACUGCGUGGGUGAUUCCUCUAUACUCCUUUUCUCAGAGAUAUGACGCUUUGUGGUAUUUGAGCAAUGCGAGAAGCCAAUGAGAACCUGUAACAGAGGGAUGACAGUGACUGAAUUCUUGGCAUGGUAUGGCAGUAAUAUUCAUCCCUUAUACUCUGCUUUUAUUAACAGGGAGGCGACAGAAAGACUGCGGUGGAUUCUUUCAGAAACUCUUUGCUACCUGUGCAGCAUCUCCAGGAUCUUUCCCAGACACACUCAGGAAUGUCUGAAUACCCUUCACAGUGCCCACAGCCAGCUUCAAGGAUUUCAGAUGACUUUAAUUCCCCUGCCAGCAGUAGUCAAACGAGACUUUACAAUUAUGGACAGCUCCCAUUGGAAAACAACAACUUCUAUUUCUCACAACAACACUGGGACAGCAGUGCCACCCAUGAGCAACAACCUCAGAGCUUAUGUCAGGCAGAGUCAAGUCAACAAAUCAAAUCGAAAGAAACACAGAAUGCCUUUUCACAAAUUGAGUCACAUGCACCUCAGACUCAAAGAUUUGCACUCCAAGACCAAAAACAGACCAACAUUAUUCCACCUGUUCGGCAAGAAAAUACCACUGCAGCUAAUAACAUCACACAGGUAAGCUGUAAGGCAUCUUCAAAGAAGCAGAAAAGUCUCUUAUCUGAUGUCAAAACAUCCUCCACACAACCCAGCCAGGCAUCUUUUUCUGCUCAUGUCACCAGAGCUGGAUUGACGAUGGACCACCAGACAAACAACCCUUUGCUGGAUGUUAAUCCUGUACAAUCUGUAACAUACCCAGACCCUGAGGAUAAGGUAUUAAAUGACUACAUAAGCCAGAGCAGUGACUGUGAGCGGGUUGACAAUAACAACAAAUUUCAGUCCUUUUUCUUGACUGGACAGCUUCAUGGCUACCAGCCAACUGAGUAUUUGAGCGGCGGAGUGAGACCAGUCCAGAGCUGCCAGGAGUAUACAGAGGACACCAGCAGCAGUGAUGAUGAAGGGAAGCUCAUCAUCGAGCUUUGAGCAAACACAAAAUACCAUUUAGAGAUUUUUUACUGCUGUAUAAAAGUGUUAAAGGCGGAUAUCCUCUGGAGGCAGAAAUAACAUCAGUGUCUGAGUUGAGUGGAUGGGCAGAGAUUUCAGUGUAUAAAAGCUCCAAUAUAAACAAGAAAUAAAUAGCAUUAUCAGUGUUGAAUUAACCAGACACAGCCUACACUCGGUUUCAUUUUCUCGACUAAAAUACUGUUAAACCGUGGUACACUACAAAAUGCUGUCUGCCCGUUUACAUCUGGAUAGUGGAGCACUUUAACAGGCUACAGCCCUGACCGGCACCUCAGGGAUAUGAGGCUCAAAAUCACGUCCAAACGACGAGUUAUUUCGAUGCCAAUUAGGGAGGGUGAUGAGGUUUUAGUCAACUGAAACAUACAUAGUAAGCAAAUUAGUCAUUCAGCUGUGAUUAACGUGGGAACUCUGAGGUUGAAAUAAUCAAAGGUAAUUUCAUCAUUAUGAGCCAACUUUGUUAGAGUAAGACAUUCGGAGACAUGUCCUUCAGGCUAAAACCCCCAAGCAUGCAUUUGAAAUCUGAAUUUAUGAAUUUUAAAACAGUGUGUUUUUAUUUUUCCAUGUGAGUCAUCUCAAAAGAUAAACAUGGCCAGUGAUUUACUAAGGGAGCUACUAACAGUAGCCAUGUUUACAUGGGCAGAGAUAAUUGGAAUUAAGGCCCCAUUUGAAAUAAGAAUGCGUCAUGUAAACGUUGAUCAGAAGAUUCUGAUCAAAUUCGGCUCAAUCGGAAAGAAAUUGUAUUCUGAUCGAGAGGGGUGGUUUGUGCCGAUCAUUAUUACGAAACGCGUCCAUGUAAACACCGAUCGUGACUCUCUAACCUGACUCUGUCUUUACUAUUUAUUUAUUGAGGUCGGUACAGGAGGUUUCUAAUUAACACUCUAGCAUAAAACACAACCGCAAGUGCCAUGCCUGCUCUUCCGGUUACAUAAAAAGACGAACAUACAGCGUAAUGAUGUCACAUCUGCACGCACAGAGCAACCUUUACCAGGACAGUAGAAUAAGUAAGCAAGGGCGCCAUCUAGUGACAACAUUUAACAGGUGGGAACAUCCUGAAUUGGAUGGAGUGAGCCACUACUGCGUUUGUUGGUUUGUUGACAGCACAGGCGUAAAUACAAUUCUUCUUCUUCAUGAUCGGAUAAUUUGAUUUUGCACCCAUUAAAACAGUAGAUUCAGAUUAUCUGAUCCCUCAAAAUUUUAACCAGAUCAAGAAAUUUUGCCCAUGUAAAUAUGGCUGCUGUAGACCAUAUAGCUCGAGUAUCUUCUCACCCACACUCUUUGAUCUCACAUAAAAUGCCCCGUUUUAAAUGAAUUCUGUCCAGUGCUCAGUGACCGUUUUGAUUUUACUGAUACAAAAACUCGAAAUCUAAGGCAGAGUUAGAGUGAACAGCACGGCUUAUUUUGCUGUCAGCAGUCAGUGUCUUACUCAUAAGUGGCUCCCUCCUAUUUGACCUUGUCUUUUUUUAUGCUAACUUUGAAGAGUGUUUACAGACACAGUGUGACUCCUGCUAUUUAACACAGCCAGUGAGAUUACUUCUGCCCCAGAAAUGCUGUAGUAUUUCCGUUCUGCUUACACAUGCUUUAUUUGCCAAAUUCACGUCUCCGACGCUCACUCUCUCUUAUAAAUUGCACUUUGUAACCUCUCCAGACAGCACCUGUGAGUAUGAAUCAUGUGCACAUGCUGCCAAGUUGAUCCCUGUUGCCAAUCAGAUCCCACAGGUGAAGCAGGCACAGGCUGGAGGGACAUGACCCUGUUCUAAGUCUGGCUUUUUGUAAUGACUCAUCAGCUCUGGCAAAGACCACAACAACAGGAAAUGUGUGUAUGUGACCCUAUAUGUACAUAUCCACAGCUAUAACUCAAGCUGACUUGCUUGUCAAUCCUCAGCAAAUAAGCGGUUAUAAAACUUUUUGGAUUUGAGGGGUGGAUGUGUGAAGAGUUCAUCUGUUGAGGCCUGUCUGACAUGUUAGAUAAGUUAAUACAAUGUUUGACUCAGGGGAAGAGUAAUGGCACGACGAUGUAAGUUGAUUACACUGAACAAUUAAAAGUUGAUUUAUUAUACAAGUAUGAAUUAAUUUAAUUGAUGUGUUUCCCAUUUUCUAAAUUUUAUAUCAUUGCGAUAUUAAACAUGUCCAAAUAACUGGCUAAACAAAUGAGUCCUACUUUUGUUGCAUUGAGCUUUGUGUUUCAAACCAUUUAAACAAGGAAAAUCAAACUUUAAACAAAAAAAUAUAUUAGUUUUCUGGGUAAACCGCUCCAUCUUUUGACGAACAAUAUAGCACUUUUUCUAAAAAGUAUUUUUGUGUGAUUUUUUUUACCUUUUAUUGACAAGACAGGGUGAAAUGUGGGGAGACAGACAGAGAGGGGAGGACAUGCAGCACAUGGUCGGGGCCAGGUGCAGGGACGCGCUAACCCGCUCGGCCGCAUCGGCCACAUGGAAACUCAUGAUUCUUCCACAGAGGUUUUAAAGUUUAUCCACCAUGUUGCCAUUUCUAAGAAACUGCAAUAAAUAUAAUGUUUUCCCCUAACAUAGUUCAAACACAAAUCAAAAGAGCCUCAACAUUACCAGACUCUGAGCAGUUAAGUCUGUGUAAGGUCUUGCAGAGCCCUCAGCCUUUUUGCUGUCCGCUGUCGGACAGGUAAACCAAAAAGGUCACGGGGUUGAAAGAUGCCCUCCAGUAUGAUGGAUGCUGCCUUGUUAAAUUGCUGUCCUGAGGAAUUUCCUGUCCACUGUGUAUUCCCUAUGAAGGCAAAUGCUGAGUUUUAUUACAUCUAUAUUUCUCUUUGAUUUAUUAAAAACAGGUUUUGGAGUACGUAAUGGGGAGAACAUUCACUUUCACUGCUAUUGCACUGAGAUUUAGGACUGAGGGUGUGUUCUAACUGACCAAUCCCCCUACAUGUAUAUCUUAGAGAGAGCUCAUAUUGGCCGAACUCUGACACUUAAGCCAAGUUUUUGAAAAACAGGAAAGGAAAGCCCCAGAUAAUUCCCCAGAGCCCUAUUCACAUGAACACAGACCCCCAGAAAACCUCCCAAAAUUACAUCAGUGGGCUGCAUGCAUGACACAAACAGCUGAUUUUUUUUCCCUCCAACUUUACCCUGAAGUUUUGGGGUUAGCUCAUGUAGCAAGAUAUCUCCAGGAAUAUUCAUCGCCUUUAUAUCACACAGCCAGUGAUCCUUCUAGUCAAGAAACGGUACAAAUCAAUUGCAAAGGCUGCAAAUUCUCACUUUAAUUAAUUUAUUUUUUGCUCACAAAGAGAGUGUACUAUCAGAAUAAGGUGAGAACGAAACCUCAAUUAAAGGGAUAUCGCAGCAUAAAUUUAAGUUAUGGUCAAA